GGCUCACUGGGCUUCAGAAAGGGGUUAUUCCGAGUUCCGCUUCCCGGUUUGAUUUUUUCUCUGUACCUGAAUCGGAGAUGUCCGGACGUGGCAAACAAGGCGGUAAAGCGCGCUCCAAAGCGAAAUCGCGCUCCUCCCGCGCGGGCCUGCAGUUCCCGGUGGGGCGCGUGCACCGCCUUCUCCGCAAGGGCAACUACUCGGAGCGCGUCGGGGCCGGCGCGCCCGUGUACCUGGCGGCCGUGCUCGAGUACCUGACGGCCGAGAUCCUGGAGCUGGCGGGCAACGCGGCCCGCGACAACAAGAAGACGCGCAUCAUCCCGCGCCACCUGCAGCUGGCCAUCCGCAACGACGAGGAGCUCAACAAGCUGCUGGGCCGCGUGACUAUCGCGCAGGGCGGCGUCCUGCCCAACAUCCAGGCGGUUCUGCUGCCCAAGAAGACCGAGAGCCACCACAAGGCCAAGGGCAAGUGAGGCCUGGGAGAGGCAAAACGGCUCUACUGUUGCAGACAAGUCUUUUUUGAAAUCAACGGCUCUUUUCAGAGCCACCCACUCUUUCAAGAAAAGAGCGCACUAAGCAUAUGGUGUUUUAUUUGCCAAGAGCCAGAGUCAUCACUCAAAGGCGUUAAGAAGCGCCUUAAUGGUGCCAUUGAUUCAGCUCCGUCUCAUAGCGACCCCACGUAUAACAACACUCCACCCUCCAGCAGAGUCCUCCCUCCUCUGCCUGUGCAGCCCUCUGCUGCUCCUUCCCUCACAAGGAAGAGUCUGUUUUCCAGGCUCUUGACUCUGCACUGGCUCUGUGACCAACAGCACACAACAUCCAGUCCUGGGGACCCUUGGCCCUCUGGGGACCAUGUGAGGAAGCUCAAAGUAGCCAUGGAGAAAGACUAUGAGGCGAAGAAUCGGAGGCACCCCAGACAUGUGACGGAGGCUGUUGGGACCAGCCCACUCCCAGCCCACCUACUAGCAAAUACACAGAUGAGCCCACUCCAACUGCUGACCCACAGAACUGCCAGCAGAAAAGCGGCUGUUUACGUUUUGGGCUGGUUUGUUACUCAGCAAUCAAGAGCUAAAACAGCACCACCAGCAAGUGGAAACCACGGUCCCACACCAGCCCAGCGGCUGACAGGGAGUUUCCUAAGCUUGGAGGCUCAUCAGGAAAUUGUGGCCACCUGACUUUAGUGCAAGAAAAGGCUUAAAGCCUUUUCAAUGAUUUAAAAGCUGCACGUGCAGCAAGUGAAGGUGACUGCGAUGAAGAAUUUGUUCCAAGUAGGGGUUGGUUCCAUCGUUUCAAAGAGAGGGCAAAUUUACGUAUCAUUAAAGGACAAGUACAAGUUGUCCAUAAAUCUGACAUUCAUAACCUGGGGACUGCCUGUAUUCUCAAAAACUUAAUUCCCCCUGUUUGAGAAUAAAAUCACCUAAAAUCAGUUAAUAUAAUUCACCAUAUCAACAGGCUAAAAAAGAAAUAUAAUCAUAUCAGUGUAAUAUGCAGAAAAAUGUGAUAGCAGAAAAAGCAAGUGACAAAAUCCAACACGCAUUCAUGAUAAAAUUCUCGGCAAACUAGAACUAGAGGAAAACUCAACUUGAUGAAGAUCAUCCACAAAAAAAACCUACAGCUGACAACUUAAUGGUAAAAGACUGAAUGCUUUUCUUCUAAGAUUGGGAAUGAGGUAAGAAUGUCCACUGUCAUCACUCAUUCAACAUAGUGCUGGAUGUUCUAUCCAAUGCAAUAAAAGGGAAAGGAAAGAAAGAAGGAAGGAAGAA